AUGAAGUUCUUCAGCACCCUCGUUCUCGCCACCACUGUCCUGGCCCUCCCCACAGAGGACAAGCGGCAGCUGGGCACUGUUGGUAGCACUGCCAACGAGUUCAAGACCGGCGGAUGCAAGGACAUCAUCUUCGUCUGGGCCCGCGGCUCCACCGAGAUUGGCAACAUGGGCACUGUCGUUGGCCCCCCGGUGGCCAACCGCCUCAAGAGCGCGUUCAGCGGCCAAGUUGCCGUUCAGGGCGUCGACUACGCUGCCGCGCUCUCCACCAACUUCCUUCCCGGUGGUGCCGACCCCGAUGGCAUCAAGGAGAUGGAGACCAUCCUUGGAAACAUCGCCACCAAGUGCCCCAACGCCAUUGUUGUCACCGGAGGCUACUCUCAAGGAGCCGCUGUCAACCACCGCGCCAUUGAAGGCCUUCCCGAGGCCCAGAAGAACCAGAUCGCCGGCGUCGUCACCUUCGGCGACACCCAGUUCCGCGCCGACAACGGCCAGAUCCCCAACUUCCCCAAGGACAAGAUCAAGAUCAUCUGCGCCGCGAACCCCCGCGACACCGUUUGCGACGGCAAUCUCAGCGCCGCCGUCCUGGCUCCUCACCUCUCGUACGGCGCCAACGCCGGGGAGGGCGCCGACUUCCUCAUCUCCAAGAUCAAGGCGGUCCAGGGGGCUUAA